CGCCCCGGACGAACAGUCAUGUGACUCAGGUCUGUAUUUCGCAAUGGAAGUGUGAGAGCGAAUUAAACGCAAUUCGGAUCUGUUUAACACCUACACACGGAGCAGGUCACACGGGUGGCGUUCAACAUGAACUUUCUCCAGGAGACUCUGCGUGUGCUGCUGCUGUCCGUCUACUACUUCCUGGAAGCCUUCGUGAAGUUCCUGCUGCCGGUGGGGAAGAAGAGCGUGGCCGGGGAGAUGGUGCUGAUCACGGGGGCGGGCAGCGGAAUCGGACGCAUCAUGGCCACCGAGUUCGCCGGAAUGGACGUCACGCUGGUGCUGUGGGACAUCAACCUGGACGGUGUGAAGGAGACGGCUCGGGCGGCUAAAGAGAAGGGCGCUCGGGACGUGCACUAUUAUCAGGCCGACUGCAGCGACCGGGCCGACGUGUACCGGGUGGCUGAGCAGGUCAGACAGGAAGUCGGUGACGUCACAAUCCUCAUAAACAACGCUGGCAUUGUCACCGGCAAGAAGUUCAUGGAUUCUCCAGACGCCCUUAUUGAGAAGACGCUCCAAGUUAACACGAUGGCUCACUUCUGGACGUAUAAAGCGUUCCUUCCAGCCAUGACGGAGAAAAACCACGGCCACCUGGUCUGUAUCGCCAGUUCUGCAGGACUGAUCGGUGUUAACGGUCUCGCAGAUUAUUGCGCUAGCAAGUUCGCCGCCGUGGGCUUCGCCGAGUCCGUGGCCCUGGAGCUCCUCGCCGUAGGAAAACAAGGCAUCAAGACGACUAUAGUGUGUCCGUACUUCAUCAACACGGGGAUGUUCGACGGCUGUGGCACGAAAUGGCCACGUUUGCUUCCCAUCCUGGAACCCGAGUACGUCGCGAAGAAGAUCAUGAACGCCAUUCUGACAGACCAGUCCUUCCUUUUAAUGCCAAGGGGCAUGUACUUCUUAAUGUUUUUGAAAAGUUUCCUGCCUUCUAAGGUAGCCGUGAUCCUGGGCGUGUACUUCGGAGCCUUCAACUUCAUGGACACUUUCAAAGGAAGACAAAAGAAAGUGAAUUAAUCCGAGUUCGAUUUCAACAGCAUUCGAUUUCUACUUUUUAAUAGAAUGAAUAAUGAUAAUAAUAAUAAUAAUAAUGUAAUGAAUACGUGAUCAAAUCACAGCAGAUCUUGAAGGUGGUCCAGUUGUGCCUUAGCGAACCUGCAUUUUUAAUCUGUUUACGUGUUUACGCUGUGCCUUAGUGACGAUAUCGUCCACUCGAAAUGCAGUCUUCAAUUUGUUUGACGUUAACGAGCGUCAACGUGUAGGAUCAAAGCCAUUUCAGCAUUAAUACACUGGACCACCGUUAUUUUUCUAACGGAAAUAUUUCGCCUGGAUUGUAAAGUUGUUGUUUGUUUUUUUUCUCCUUAAGUUUAGAAACAGACUGCAGGGGCGUUGGUUCUGUGAGGACACGCCUACAGUAGUUAGUUUAUUAAAUAUCUGUUUAACAGCCUGCAGUAUGAAACUCAUGCUGUGACUAGGUUUAUGUACCGUAUGUUGGGGAGAGUGGGGUCGGUUGUAACGCUAUCUGUUCCUCCAAUCAGCAACCAGCUCUGUUAUUGGUAUGACAGUAAAUUUCCUGAAGAACAUUUUGAAUUGUGUUCAUUCUAGAUGAAACCAUAAUGUACUAUGUUUGUCUAUUUCACUUUCACUUGGCGUCAUCGAUGGCAUUGUUGACAAUGCUAAGCUGGUUAGUUAGCACAUCUGGCUUUAAGAUGAUUGACAGUGUGGUGUUGGUUGUACUAGUGUUAACAAUAAAAAGUAUUUAAGAUAUAUAAAAAUUUAAAAAAACACACACAAGAGCAUUGCCUGAUCUUUACGUGUACAGCUUCAGCAAGACCGUGCUUACUGACAGCGAUAGAACCUGGUGUGUUCUUCUCAAGGUUUAACGUGUUGUGUAUUCUGACCUGCUUUUCUGCUCAUCACGUUUGUAAAGAGUGGUUAUUUGAGCAGCCGUAGCCUUCCAGCAGUAUCUGAAAUACUCAAACCAGUCCAAGCCCCUGAGAUUUCUUUCUUCAAUCCAAUGUUUGAUGUCACCGUGAACUAAAGUGCAUGAUCUGUAGCCGCAUGAUUUGACGCUUUACGCUGCCGACACGUGCUGCUUUUUGAGCCCUGCAAUGAGACCAUUUCUGACCAUUUUACAUUUUAUUUUGAUUCUGCUCUUCACUGCUCGUUCUUGAUGUUCAGUUUUAUUACAACAGGAAUGAUAUGAGCAUGGAAUCACACUGCCCUCUAGUGGCCUCCAGACUCAAACACACUCAUUAACACGCAUCCUUUCACACUCAUGUCCACCUUUUUUCGACUAUAAAUGUGGCACAUUUAGAUGCCGCUGAAUAUACCUGAAGGAUGUUGCAUAAAUAUAUCGCCUUAUCAUGUUGAAAGGUUGUACACUGGCCGUUUUGAGGCGCAAAUCUGAUUUGAUGUCUUGAUCUUUAAAGCACGCAAUUGUCUGAUAGAAUCUUUGUAUAUACAAAUAUGCAGGAUUUUCUUAUUUACCGUCUAAGCAGAAGGUCAUUACGCUCUCCUUCACGUCUAUGUU